AUGUCCAACGGCGAAGACCAGUCCCUCCUCGAGCGCGUGGAGAUGCCAACGAUCCCUCGUGAGGCUGCACGGAAGAUUGCGCUCAUCGAGGAGGAGUUUACCCGUGCUGAGGUUGAGCAGCUGCGCCAGUCGGUCCCGCUCCUGAAGCCCCUGUUCCAGAAGCGCAAUGAGAUCAUCACCAGCCCAGAGAUCCAGAGCGACUUCUGGAUCCGCGUGUUCUCAAAUGCUCCCGCCGAGAUUGACGAGUACAUUCUCCCCACGGACGCAGGUGCGCUUGGCCAGAGCCUGAAGAACCUGACUGUGCAGCGGUUCGAGGUCAACGACAAGGGCGAGGGCGAGCCACGCAGUCUGCGCUUCACCUUUGACUUCCACACCGGCGAGGAGAACCCGUUCUUCGAGAAUGCCCAACUGGUCAAGGACUUCUACUGGCGCAAGCAGAUCGUCAAGACCUCAUCCGGCAAGCGCCGCACCUGGGAGGGCCUGGUGUCCGACCCUGUGCGCAUCAACUGGAAGAAGGACAUGGAUCUGACCAAGGGUCUGCUGGAUGCUUCUUGCGACCUGUUCGAUGCCGAGAAGAAGAAGGGCGGUGACCGCAAGGCACUGCCCGAGUACGAGGCGCUCGUUAAGAAGGUCGAGGCUGCCGAGGCGGAGGCGCUGAAGGGUGAUAAUGAGGACGAGGAGGAUGACGAGGAUGACAUGCCCAGCCCUGCCGGUAUCAGCUUCUUUGCCUUCUUCGGCUACCGGGGCCGUGAUGUCUCUGCCGAGCAGUCCAAGGAGGCCAACAAGGAGGACGCGGAGCGGUGGGCCAAGAUCGCCAAGGGCGAGAAGGUCGAGGGUGAAGACGAGGAGGAUGACGAUGACGAUGAUCUCGAGGAUCUUAUCGACGACCUCGAGGAGGCUGAGAUCUUCGAGGACGGCGAGGAGCUAGCCAUUGCCAUCGCUGAGGACCUCUGGCCCGAUGCGCUCAAGUAUUACGUGCAAUCGUUCGAGAUUGCCGAUGAGCUCUCCGACGUUGACAUCGAUGAGAUUAUGGGCGAGGAUGAGGACGAGGACGACGAGGAGGAGGGUGAUGAGGAGUCGCGCCCGCGCAAGAAGGCUCGCAACUAA